CCCAGCUCAACUCAACUAUAGUUACAAAACCACUCGACACAUAUAUAACUUGGCGGGCAAAACCCUUUAUAACCGCCGCCGCGAGAGAGACAAAGAGAGAGGGGGAUAGAGAUAGAGAGAAAACGAGAGAGAUGAGCACCCAUAUAGACAAGGCAAAGAAGAAGCAAGUUCUUCUUUUUUACUGCUUGGAAUCUGAAGAUUUAGCUCGUAAAAUUGCUUCUCAGUCUGAACUCAUUCAACUUCAAUCCAUUAAUUGGAGGAGUUUUGACGAUGGAUUCCCUAACCUAUUCAUAAACAAUGCACAUGAAAUCCGUGGGGAGCAUGUUGCGUUUCUAGCAUCUUUUAGUUCUCCAGGUGUCAUAUUUGAACAGCUCUCUGUCAUAUUUGCGCUUCCCAGGCUAUUUGUUGCGUCUUUCACACUGGUAUUACCAUUUUUCCCCACUGGUUCCUUUGAGAGGAUGGAAGAAGAGGGAGACGUAGCAACUGCAUUUACUAUGGCAAGAAUAUUGUCAAAUAUUCCGAUAUCGAGAGGAGGCCCAACUAGCUUGGUUAUAUAUGACAUACAUGCUUUGCAGGAAAGGUUUUACUUCGGUGACCAUGUUUUACCUUGUUUUGAAACCGGCAUUCCAUUGUUAAAGCAACGGCUUCACCAGCUCCCAGAUUCAGAGAAUAUAGUUGUUGCCUUUCCAGAUGAUGGCGCCUGGAAGCGAUUUCACAAACAAUUAGAUCACUAUCCUAUGGUUGUUUGUGCAAAAGUUCGUGAGGGAGAUAAGCGAAUUGUUCGGCUAAAAGAGGGCAAUCCUUCCGGUUGUCAUGUAGUCAUUGUUGAUGAUCUGGUGCAGUCAGGAGGUACCCUGAUUGAGUGCCAGAAAGUUUUGGCAGCUCAUGGUGCAACCAAGGUGAGUGCAUAUGUCACCCAUGCUGUGUUUCCAAAUCGAUCGUGGGGAAGAUUUCUUCACAAGAAUUGCGAAAAUUCCUCCGAGAGAGCCUUUGCCUACUUCUGGAUCACUGAUUCAUGCCCCCACACUGUGAAGGCUAUAGCUAACGAAGCUCCAUUUGAAGUUUUGAGUCUCUCAGGCUCCAUUGCAGAUGCUCUUCAAAUUUGAAUUACCCCAAGGAUUCAUAUAUAUGAUCUGCUGAAAAUGGCAUAUCAAAAAUAACCUUGUAAUAUUUAUCAUUCUCCAAGACAGCUGAACUAAUGGGCUCCCCUCAUGGGGGAAUCAAUAUGUGAACUAAUCGCUCUCAACAAAGUAUGAAUCAUAUGUUACUAUUUGCACAUUUGUCUAGAUGAUGAAGAGAAUCUUAAUUCAUUGACUUUGGAUUUGCAGA